UUUGCAGAUGGCGCCUUUGGAAAAUAACUACAACGAGUCGCUCAACAAAUCGAAGGAUGCCAUUGAUGAUAAAACAUGGUCCAAACUUUUCCCAAGCAUUGUCAGCGACCCGGAUCGAUCGUCCAAUUUUAUGAUCAGGGCAAUCUACGUCGUGUUUUCGGCUGUUCUCAGGCAACGUAACAUUCUCGAAAAAGAAUAUUUCUCGAAGAAUUACAUCACUGAAAAUCUGAGUUGCAUGACGCUGAGCUUCAAAAACCUACGGGCUCACCAAAUCGCUCAACUACUUCGAGCCGCCGGGGAUGCCACAAAGGAUGGGUUUCUGAAAGAAAUCUCCCUCGUGGUGACCGAGCAUGACGGAGAUGUUGAAGCCAUCGAAGUGUUCUCUAUGAAGUUCAUUUAUUUUGAGAAUGGCGGCGUGGUUGCUCGUCUGAGCACUGACAACAAUGACCAGGAAGAUCCUCACUUCGCGGAGCUUGCUCAACUUCGAUAUGAGGGUGCCGAAAGUGUACGGGAUCAAAUGGUGACGAUUGUUCGCAGUGUUCAGUUCCUCUGCACGAAAGUUCUCGAACCGUUGCCAGCAGAAUUCACGGCUAAUUUUCGAUUGAAGUACACAAACGAUGCUCCAUCCAAUUUCCGCAUCGAUGGCUUCGACGAUUCUUCCACUUUUUACACACUUCCUGAUGGUAUCCAAUCGGUCACCAUUGGUCACUUACGCCCGGGACACCACGCUGCACACAUGCAAUGCUGGAGCAAGUCGAUGUCCGAUUCAUACGCAGCAGAGUUGACUCUCAAGGGACAUCUGGACAAAGUUUCCGAUAUGUAUGCAUUCAAUCCAGUGAAUGUGCUGUAUAAAUCGUUCAAUUCGGAGGACACCGACCCAGGUCUUAGUCAGGAUACUACUGAAUCUGCCAACGAUCAAGGAGGAAACGUGACGUCUCCGGUUGAUAAUAUAACCGAUUCUCUCGAGAAAACACAAAUGUCGCCUAUCAAGAUGAGACCAACUACUCGCAGAGGAGCCGAUGACAGCAAAACCAGAUCUUCUCCAUACUCUCGCUCCCGUAAAUAAUUUUUCUCGUUGUGUUCAUUAGUUUACAGCUUUAUCCUGUAACAUGGCAUGUUCUAUAUCAUCAUGUACAAUGUUUUAUUGUCUAGAGUUUUAUUUUCCUUUUUGCUCCAUUUUGUAUCCUUGGUUUUCUUUUUAAAAUUACAGUCAUUCGUAAAUAAAUUGACUGGUGUU